AUGCGGAAGGGUCUGACUACAAAAACUACCAGCAGCAAGUUGGUAAUAGCCUCGGCUGCCGUACAAGACCACAUUUGACGAAACCUGCUGUAUGAGCAUCUGUCACCCUGUAACCCUGUGGAAUUGAGGUGCAGCAGAAAAGUACCCGGAAAGAGCAAAAACAUUCAAAAUGGAGGAAGACAGACAAAGAAGCCCCCAGAAACAAGAUGGCUCAGAAGAUGGCUUGGUGGCAUCCCCAGUCCCAAGGCUGACAGUGGCCGAGUGGACCCAAGGCUGACAGUGUUCGAGAGGACCCAAGUCAAGGCAAGGUCUGUUCACCAGGGAGACUCGGCUCAGCCUUUUGUGAUAUGCCGGGAGGAGUUUUCAUCUACGCCGUCAGGUGUGUUGCUGUCUUGCUCCCAUGUGUUCCACAGAGUGUGCCUGUGGGUCUUCGAGAGGUUUUACGGAAGGAGGUGCUGCCCCAUGUGCAGAGAGGAGCAUUAUGAAACUCUGGUGAUCCACGACGGGGCUCGCCUCUUCAGGCAGCAGUGUGCCUCCAGAAUUCAAGCAUGUUGGCGAGGCUACGCUGCUAGAAAAUGGUGCAGAAACGUGAGGAAGACCAUCCCUCCAGAAGACGAACAACGGCGGCGUAAAUUCUAUGAGGAAAAGUUCCAGGAGUUGAAUGACAAAUUUGUCCGGCCGUGUCACAUCGAUGUGGAGUCUUUUCUGAGUGAAAUCAACUGCUCUUUGUCGUCAAGUGGACAAGUGUUCCAGCAGCUGGAGAGAGAGCCCAUCUCCGAGCCUCGGGUGGACAACUGGGACAGGAUACAGGAGCAGGUCAUCCAAAGAGCAGUCUUUGACUGCUCCAUCUACCUGACCUCAGUCUGCAGCUCCAGCGGAGUAUCCCAGCCGCGGCAGUCCACCAGGGUUGACUGGUUUGAGGCCUUCUGCAUCAACAGCAGACCGACCUGCCCUCUCUGCAGAUCUGCCUACUACAAGCUUCUUGUCUGA